UAGAUCGCGUCAAUUGAGAGAUCAUAAUUUCUAAUAAUACAAUAUUAUUUUAUUCCUUUUAUUCGAAACUUAGCUUAGGUAUAUACAAUGGAUAUUGUUCAGCUAUGUCGGUUGUGUGCGAAAGAAAAACUUCGACUAGUGAACAUUGCCGACGUCAAGCAAAACGUAAAGCUGGCGGAUCAAAUUCGGAACAUUUUACACAUCCAGUACGAUGAAAAUGACGGUCUCCCGCAGAAAGUGUGUAAAAUGUGCGUAAGUACUGUACAAAAUAUCCAGGAAACUAUGGAUGAGUAUCGGGAGAAUGAUAAACGCCUUAGGAAGCAGUUUUUUGGUCUCGAAGAAAUGGAGGUGAAAGUGGAAGGGUUAGAUGAUGAUGCUGAUGGUUUGAUGGCGUUCGAUCUCCAAGAAGUGAAAAUCGAGGUACUAGAACAGGAAUAUACGCCACAUUCCGAAGAGUUGGUAGAGUGGCUUGAAGAGGAUGGCGUGGUGGUUGAGAAUUCUGGAUCUGAAAAUGAUAUCGAUGAGAAUUCGGGACGUAAGCUUGAUCAAACAAAACUACAAAAUGAGCCACAUGAUGAAACAUCGGUGAGCGAACCAUCGACCAAAAAGAAACAAGGGCGUGGCCCGAAGGAAGGGACAAUUAAAUCUACAGGAAAAGGGCGGCGACGUCGUGGAAGUGACCAAGUUCCAGGUCUCCCACGGUUAAAUGACCACAAAUGCUACAUCUGCAAAAGCAGCUCGUUGGGGUCGGCUAAAGAUUUGCUGGAUCAUCUAUCAACUCAUAACGACUUACUUCCAUAUGUUUGCAAGAUGUGUGUGCAAGAAACAAUAGAAAUCAAACAGAUUCGUUCGCUAAAUUUGCACCUGAAAAUGCACGAGCAGCCGAUCCAGUGUGAAUACUGCGACCGGAAAUACGGGAACGCUAGAGCCCGUGAUUACCACAUACAAGCUUUCCAUCUGGGUGCAAACGCACCGUGCCCAUCAACGUGCGAAAUUUGCGGCAAAGUCUGUCCAUCGGUACUUUCCCUGCAAACACACACACGAAAGCAUACCAUUUCGUUUAAGUGUGAAUAUUGCGCUAGGGGAUUCUCCGAGCGAUCGAAGCUAAAGCGCCACAUUGGUCGAGUCCACGAAAAAUCUGCUGGGUACACUUGCUCCAUUUGUCAGAAACGGCUCAACACAAUCGACGCGUACGAAUUGCAUGUGCGAACGAUCCACGAGGACCGCCGCGACUAUCCGUGUGAAAUCUGCGGCCGACGGUUUACUACCGCUGCCUUUCUAAGAAUGCAUCAGAAAAGCUACGAGGAUGGUACUUGUAAGCCAAAGAAAACCUGGAUGGCGUAUUACUCAACAAGGAUUAACGAAGAGGGAAUUAAACUAUUCAACUGUAAGCUAUGCCAGAAGGAAAACAUGCGAUCAAUCGGGGAACAUAUGCGCACCCAUUUUCCAGACGAGUACGAGUGUCCGAUUUGUAAGCUGAAAUUUCCCCGCAAGUCUUCUUUUGAUAGACACCGGCGCACGCAUAAGGAAAUCGUCCAUGGUUGCUUCAGCUGCGAUAAAUGUUUUCUCAGCCCGAAUAAGCUAGCUAAACACUUGGCUAAAUUUCACGGUAUUGGGCAAAUUGUUGAUGUGGCUAAUCUACCAACAGUCUUCGAUGAAGAAGUUGCCUUCGAUGUCGUUAGUUGAAUAAGCAUUUUAACUUUAAAAGUUGAAAUUUGAUUUAAGAAAUAAUCUGAAGGUGUGCUACAAUCGUA